AAAAAAAUUUUGGGGUUCAGUAGGCUGGCAGUAAACGAUCUGAUACACGUACAGUAUCCCACACUAUACCAGUAGUUUGCGCCGGCUUUAAACCAAAGGAGUCGCUCGGCGGCGUAGCAGAUAUUUCGCCGGGACCUCUGACACCCACCGCUGCGUGGUCUAAAACAACACCACCAUUAAACUUCGUGUACGGAGCAAGGAAAAAAUAAGGUAUGCAUAAUUCUACUGCUAACAUUAAAGUGAACUUCAUAUACCAUAAGAAUCGAUCCACCGUUUGCUGGCCAGUAUGUGCACCGUUGCCUGUUACUAUGUCAAAUCUUUUUUACGAGUGUAAGAACCGGCAAAACCUUCCAACCGGUAUCAAAAGGCCACACGCGGGGAUUUUCCAUCUAUUUACCACCGGAUUCUGCUCUUUCCCCGCGGCGGCCCUCUUCCCUCUUCUUCUCUACCACUGUAAAUCAAUUUCAGCCAUCUUCUACUCUCGCUUUAUUGGAUAAUUUCCAAAAAUUAUUAUUUGAAAAGGUAGUUGACAUUUGGUAAUCAGUCACACUGAAAAUUUCUCCCAAUCCAUUCUGUCUCACCAAAAUUGAGUACCAAUCAAAGCUCCUUCUGACAUGAAUGCGUGUGUUUGGCGAAAGAGAUGGAGGAAUUUGCUUUUGAGAAAUGAUGAGUGCAAUUGGAUGAAUAUUCCAUUCCCACGUGGUUGUAACCGAAACCCUUCUUCUUUGAUCGUCUCCUCAGUACAAAUUUGUGUGGUUGUAACUGAAACCCUUCUUCUUUGAUCGUCUCCUUAGUUCAAAUUUGGCUGUUGAAGCAUUCCAGAAUUAUAGUUCUCCAUAUGAAACUUUGCUUGCUUUGGGACUUUUGUAACAAAAUUAAUUGUAAAAGCAAGUUGCUGUGUGGUUUGGAAUGAACUUAUUAUUACUAAUCAUAAUAUGAAAGUCCUUUCUUUUGGGAUAGUAGAUAUCUAGUUUCAUCACAAAAUAAGAUUCUUUCAUUUUUGCUGUGAAAUGGCAUGUACUAUUGAGAACUUGUCUAGUAGCCUUGGGUGAUGAAAAUGCGAGUGUCACUUUUUAGUUUUGCUCUUGCAGUGUUCUUUUGAAGCACCAACUAAAUUCUUCUUCAUAAAACUUCACAAAAUGAUCUCUGUAGGUAAAAAAACCUUGCCUUUUCAGGCUUGCAAAGUUGUGCAUACAUUAAAGGCAUGAACUUUGUUUUAAGCAGAAAAGGCUUAUGGUUCUGAACGCUUUUGCCUAUUUUCUUAUACUUGUGAUUGUACUUGUGGCCUAAGCUGAAGUUGGAAAGCUUUCUUGUGGCCCCAUGUAGGUUAUUUUGUUUGCAAUUGCAAGGAAGGGCCUUGCAUAGUAAGAGGGUGGCCGUAGAGAUAGAUUUGUGGAGAUAACUGAACUGGAAGUCUUUCGUUUGUUGUGUUUUUCUUUUCUUAAUAUUUUCUGAUAAUCAGGAUGUAAUAUAUGAAAAGGUUUUGUUUUGUGCAUGUUAUAAAUCCUGAUAGAUUAUGAUUCGGAUGUUCGAAAUAUGAAUAUUACUCUGCAUCUGUUUGCGAGUACAUAAAAACAAUCAUUCCUUAAUCAUAGUUUUCGUGUUAAGUGUAGUUAUCCUAAUAAGUUUGCAAAAUGCAUCACAAACUGUGUAAAAGCAUUGCUGAUUUAAUAUAAAUGGUUUGAAGCCCAGCUUGGAAAUUUUGCAUUGUAUACAUUUUCAGGAGUAAUAUGUGAUUUGAUUCAUUAUCUGUUGAUGAAAAUUUCUCAAAUAUUUCUUCAAUGGAAUGUCUUUAACAGAUGCCUUUUAAUGUUCCUCCUUCAUGGCAUUUUUUUUUUUUUGGGUAUCCAGUUCUUUGAGGGGACAAUGUUGGCUAUACAGCUAUCUGAAUGGCCAAAUUGAGAAACUUGUGACCUCUUUCUUCCCUUAAAUCAAAUUUUAUUCAAUAUACUCAAAAAGGCCAUUUCGUCCAUUUUCUUAUAGCAUCACAAAGUUGAUUUUGGACUAUAUGUCUGCUUAUGUAACUAAAAGGACAUCACUCUUCUAGUUCAGUAGCUCGGUAUAAGUUUUGAAAUGAACAGUCAUUCAAUGCAUCCCCAGUAUUGUUAAAUGCAUGUGUAGAAUUCUAUCCUGGAGUAUCAUUAGGAAUAUCUGGUUAAAACACUGCAAAUCUCGGAACCUCUGUCAUUUUACCAGUCGUUUUUUCGUGGCUGGCACAACAUCUAUUUCUUUAAUUAGCGCUUGAAAUUUCACCUUUGUGUGAAAAGUUUAUGUCCCUUACUCUGAGUUAGUUAAACCAUUCGUUAUUCAGCUUGGUAGUUCAAGUUGUUUUCAGCUUUCUCCAAUUAGUUGGUUGAUGUAAUGAUGGAACAAAUUAGUUUUUAUCAAGCCUGGGUUAUCUAAGGCCAAGUAGUUCAAGUUGGCCUUGCUUUUCUUGGAGAAAAAGAUAUGUGACAUUUAUUUAUGAAGAAUAAGCUUUCUUUUCAUAAAGUUGCUCUAUUUCGUUCAAAGAUAUGAACAGAUGUGCCAUAGAGACCUUGCAUGCCGUACAUUUGGUAUCGAUUUACCUGUGAGUGUAAUUUAUGGAGCAAAAAGGAUUCGAUAGUGUAUUCAGAUUUCAGGCACUUUUAUGCAGGUUGAGUGGUAAGAUUUUAGAUUUGAUAUGAUAAACUUAUGAACAUUGUUCUGGUAAUAUACAAUUACAAGAAAAAUCCAUAUCCUAAAUUAUUAUAAAAUUUUAAUCAUUUACACAAAACAUCUGGUGUUGUAGUUGGAUUCAUAGAAAAUACAGCUACCUUACCAGACAAGAGACUCUUAAAUACAGCUUUUGCUGUACAAGAGAUAUGUUAGGUUUAACAUUUUUGUUAAGUUGCUGGAGUAAGAAACUGUGAGAUUUCUACGCACUCCUUAAUAAAAUAUUAAGAAAGUGAGCCGUUGAUGCGGAGAUCAGAGCUGUUGCCACGUUACCCUAAGUCAUAACUUCAAGUAACUGUAACAGUUUUCAGUAGAAAUAUAGGGUUCGGCCCAAAGUAGGCCUUCAUGAAAGGUCUUUCCUUGACCUUGCGCAUGGAGGGAUUCUGCCCUUUUUGUAUGUUUAAAUUUUAUAGUUAAUAUAGUACUUUACCAAGUUAUUGAGCGUGCGGGUCACUAUGCCGUUGUACUGCAUGCUCUUACAAUAACAUUCAUUUUCCAUUUGAAUAAAUCCCUGAACUGAAGAGAAGUUUUGAUCGAAGAUGGGAAAUUUUCUUUGCUGCCUGAGUUUGAAGUAUGUUUAGAUGGACGUCUGUUUGAAGUAAUAGUUCUGAUGUGUAACAUACUGCUGAAUAAAAUACUUCCUCAUGUUUUGGCAGGAGAUGAGCCGUCCAGCAACCACUUCCUCUCUUAAGCGGAAAAAAACAGAGCCGAAAUCUCUCUCUGAUGCUCUUGGUGACACGGACCAGCGUGUCUUGGAGGUGAUAAAGGAUACAAAGGAUAUGGGAAUUUGGACAAGAGAUAUAAAAAAUAAGAUGAAACUUACAGACCAUGUUGUUACUAAAUCCCUGAAAUCACUUCUGGCUAAAAAGUUGAUAAAAGAGGUUGUAAACAUCCAGAAUAAGGCUAGAAAACAUUACAUGGCCGUCGAGUUUGAACCGUCAAAGGAAGUUAGUGGUGGCGCAUGGUACGUUGAGGGAAAACUUGAUACAAAAUUCAUUAAUGAUCUUAAAAACAUCUGCAUGACUAUUAUUGGGAGGCAGAAAGUUGCGACGUUUGAGGGAAUAUAUGACCUUCUGAAGAAGGUUACCAAAGUGGAGUGUACGGAACAACACGUUGGAGAAAUUUUGAACUCUAUGUUGCUGGAAAAUGAGAUCAUUGAGGUCAAGAGCACCGGCUGGGGAGAAUAUCAUUCAUUUCCUGUUGGGACUCUAUGUUAUAGGCUUGGAAGCGGAGCUGGUCUUGGAAAAGGUGCUCGAGUUGGUGCAAUGGCUUCAAUUCCAUGUGGUAUGUGUCCCCGGAUUAACCAGUGCACACCGGAUGGAGUUAUCUCCCCUGCCACAUGUGAGUACUACAAGAAAUGGUUGUCAGAUCUUAAUUUCUAAGGACAUAAGAUCCUGGGUUUUCUGGCAGUCUGGUGAUAUCCAAUGAAUUGAGGAUGCAAAUCAUGCAAUUUGUGCGACUGAUUCUGGCCUGUUGGGUGUUUUGGUGGAAAAAUAGGUGCAUGGAACAAUGAAAUACAAAAUGAUUGUGCCCCUUAGGGCCGUUAACAUGUUGAAGAUGGCUUAUCAAUUUGGAUGAUUUUCCCUGAGUAUUUAUUUGGAGGAUUUCUGGGGAUGCUGAUAUAUGAUUAGAUACAGUACAAGCUUUCCUUGAACUGAGUAGGCAUUAGAAUGAAUAUCUAUUUUUCCUUUCUGUCUUCCUUCCUCUUUAAAUAAUACUCCCUCCGUCCAAUUUGACUUUUUAUGGAUCAAGUUACACAUUUAUCCUUAGUAAAAACAUUAUCCAUAAAAUCUUAGUGGUUAAAUAAUUAUUUAUGUAGGGGCAUAUCCGGUUGUUUAAGGUAAAAUAUAGUUAAAUUUGACCAAAAAUAAAAUCUUUCAUUUUAGUAAAACUGGACAAUAAUUAUGGGACGGAGGGAGUA